AGAAAUACUUUGACAUGAAGAAGAACCAGUGUAAAGAUGCUCUGGACAUCUACAAAAAAUUUCUUUACAGGAUGACGAAGCUGUCGGAGUUCCUCAAAGUGGCAGAGCAAGUUGGAAUAGAUCAGGGUGACAUCCCAGAUCUCUCACAGGCCCCCAGCAGCCUCCUGGAGGCUCUGGAGCAGCACCUCGCCUCUCUGGAGGGCAAGAAGACGAAAGAGCUGAAUGCCGACACCAGGGCAUCUACUUUGUCCAACGCCGUCUCGUCCCUCUCCUCCACCGGCAUGUCCUUCAGCCGUAUGGAUGAGAAGGAGAAGCAGCAGGCCUUAGAGGAAGAACAGGCUAGACUGCAGGCUCUAAAGGACCAGCGCCUGAAGGAAAUCGGCAUGCAGACCCCCCCCUCAGCCUCUCCCAGUAGCCAGUCGAUAGGCAGCGCUAACAACAACAACCACAUCACACAAACCCCAGAGCUGUUCAGCUCCGUGCUGACCGCCAACAGUGUGCCCAACCUGAACAGUGACCUGUUUGAUCUCCAGCCAGCCUUCAUGCCCGCUGUGCAGAGCACUCCUUCAAUCUCCACCAACAACAGUGCCUGGGGAGGACUGGAGAGCCAGCCGCUGCAGCAGCACACCGCCUCGGCCAUGACCGUAGAUUUUGAUGCCGUGUUCGGGAAUAAGGCCACACCCAGUAACGGCAGCCCACAACCAGCCGGUUUCGACGCUCUGGGAGACCUGUUAAAGCCGACGGUUCCCACACACAGCGCACCUCCUCUUCCUCCUCCUCAAAUGGCGAUCCAUCACGGAGGGAAGCUGCUAGCCAACGACCUGGACUCCUCUCUGGCCAACCUCGUGGGCAGUGAGCCAGAUAUGCAGUGGAACCAGCCUGGAGAGAAGAAGCUUACCGGUGGCCAAAACUGGCAAAAUAAGACCAUGUCGACCACACAGUGGGGCCCGGCCCCCAUGGCCCCGCAGCCCAUGCCCGUGCCACAUGUGGCUCCGGCUCCAAUGGCUUUUCCCAUGACCACACCGCAAGUGCCUGUGUAUGGAAUGGUUCCUCCCCAGAUGGGUCAGAUGGGCGGGGUACCAGUGAUGGCUCCACAGCCAAUAAUGUACAACCAGCCUGUUCUCAGACCCACUAAUCCUUUCGCACCCAUGCCAGGAGCCCAGCAAGACCAUCCAAAACAAAGAAAUAAAAAAAAUGUACAAAUAGAUGGGGGCGAUGGGGGGAGACAGAAGAAAGAGAAAGAGGCAGAUGAACAGAUGUUGUCUGCUCUGAAAACAUUUGGCAUCACUGAGAAUUCAUGGCUGAUCCUGAUGUACAGGGAGAGAUCUUCAUUUCGACAAACCCGACUGGCGGACAAAAUGAGGAACUCUAUCACGGGCUCCCUCUCGGUUCGGCUCGCGGGUUUGACCGAAAAAGAAAACGGCCAUCUGGCUCCUCGUGAACAACACAAACACUCUUUCAGUUUCAGCCUGAACGAGCCACGAGGCUCCCGACUGGGAUUCGGGAUUCCCUUCGAGAGAGAGCCCACUUUCUUCCAGAACCAGCUCGGCCGGGAGCUAAGAGGCGGCGGCAGCUUUGGGAUGCGAGCCCACGGCUAUCCGGACCGGCGGGCCGUCCAAACCCCUCCCCGAGACACCAAA